GUGCCGUUCGCAGCGGUCGUGUCGUGGUGUGGUCGCAUUUUCAAGCGCUGACUUCGUCUUCGGAAUAUCAUUUCCGUUUUUUCUUGUGAGACUCUCCAUACUUCCAAUGAUCCACAGUGUCGCCAAACAGUGAAUUUCAUAGCUCGCUAGUCCAGAACCCACGGAACAAAAUGGCCAUGCUACAAACGGUGAUCCUGGUGGCAAUCGCCGUGUCACCGUUGACCCAGGCGUACAAAGUGCUCGGAUUGUUUCCGCAUCCCGGUCAGAGUCAUUUUCACUUUUUCCAACCCAUACUGAAGGGCUUGGCUGAAGCCGGUCACGAAGUCUCGGUCAUUAGCCAUUUUCCAGAGAAAAAUCCACCGCCGAACUACUUGGACAUCCCUCUCGAAGGUAUGAUGUCACUGUCGGAUUCGGUCAGCUUUGAGCUGUUUGAAUAUCGGCCCGGAUUCGGACACUUUAUGGAGUUCUUCAUGCUGUACAACUGGGGAAAGGAAGCGUGCGCCAAUGCCCUCAACUCGAGCGCCAUCCAGACGGUGCUAGACUCCAAGGUUCAGUACGAUCUGAUUCUGGUGGAGCAGUUCAACAGUGACUGCAUGCUCGGCAUUGCCCAUCAGCUGAAGGCGCCCUUUAUCGGCCUGAGCAGUUGCCCACUGAUGCCCUGGCAUUACGAGCGCGUUGGGAAUCCGACGCUGCCAGCUUACGUCCCGGCACUGUUCAUGGGCUACACCGAGCGGAUGGACUUCUCGCAACGGCUAGCCAACUGGAUCACGGUGCAGUCCUUCAAGGCACUGUACAGUUGGUUCAACGAUGCCGCGGCCAACAAACUGCUGCGCGCGCGGUUCGGGGAGGGCGCAAUACCGGACGUGCGGGAAUUACAACAGCGCACCGCCAUGAUGUUCGUCAACCAGCACUAUUCGCUGAGCGGCGCCAAGCCCCUCAGUCCGGCCGUGCUCGAGGUCGGUGGCGUUCACAUUCAGAACUUCCAGUCGCUGGACGGGGAGCUCCAGCAGCUCCUCGACUCGGCCGAUCACGGCGUGAUCUACAUCAGCUGGGGUUCCAUGAUCCGUGCGGAGACACUGCCGGCCGAAAAGCGUGAUGCCAUCCUGAAGGCACUGGGACGACUCAAGCAACGUGUCAUCUGGAAGUGGGAAAACGAAACACUCCCCAAUCAGCCAGCAAACGUGUACAUUCGGAAAUGGCUCCCUCAGCGAGAGAUUCUGUGUCAUCCCAAGGUUCGCGUAUUCAUGAGCCACGGUGGACUGCUCGGAUCGUCUGAAGCUGCAUACUGUGGUGUACCGGUUGUAGCAACGCCGAUGUACGGCGAUCAGUACAACAACGCCGCUGCACUGACAAACCGUGGAAUGGGCGUAGUGUUGCACUACGAAGAUAUCACCACCGACACGGUGCAGGAAGCACUGCGUAAAGCGCUGGAACCGGUGGCGAUGGAAAGCGCCAAGCGCGUUUCGUUUUCCUAUCGCAACCGACCGAUCAGUGCACUCGAAUCUGCCGUCUGGUGGUGUGAGCAUGUGGCUGCCACCGGUGGCCUGCCGCUGGCGCAAUCUUACUCGAGCGAGCUGCCGUGGUAUUCGUACCAUCAGUUCGAUGUGUACAUCGUAACGUUCAGCUUCUUGGUGCUCUACCAUGCCUGCUGGAUCUGGCUGUUCAAACGCGUAUGCUGCCGGGGAGUGUCGGGAUUUAAAGACGAAAAGGUGAAAACCAACUAAGUAGCCCGUGGAGUAGGCUUUAAGGUUACUAGCCAUCAACAUCAUCUCCAUCAUCACUAUCAUCACUUACUUUACUACUAAAAAAAGCAAGGAUCACAAAUUGUUGACAAAUUGUUGUUUUACAAUCACCAAGAUUAUUUGUUUUUAUUACGAAAAAAUAAACAUUACGCUGUGCCCG